AGUCUCCACCUUACUCCCUUGCUGCUCAGUUGAGUUCACUGCCACAUCUCAUCCUAGUAAUCCUACUCUGCUUCUUCUUCACUCUCUCCACGGGAUAAUGGCGUCCAUGGCUGCCACCGUAGCCCUCACACUACCAUGCUCCAAUCGAUCCAAAGCUUCUUUAUCCUCUUCAACACCCUCCUCUCACGAGAGCCAUAUGAGCAAAGCCGCGACUCUCUCGUUCUCCGCUUCUCAUCUCUGCUCCGGCGACAUCAAGACCGCUGCUUUUGGAGUCCUCCGUCGCCACACUACAAAUCACCCCAACCCCACUCCCCACGUCGUCUCUCCCAAAGCCGUUUCAGAUUCCAAAAACUCUCAGACUUGUCUCGACCCCGACGCCAGCAGAAGUGUUCUGGGGAUUAUACUCGGAGGCGGAGCUGGGACCCGGCUGUAUCCGCUGACGAAGAAGCGUGCCAAGCCGGCGGUUCCUCUUGGGGCCAACUACAGGCUGAUUGAUAUCCCCGUCAGCAACUGCCUCAACAGCAACAUCUCCAAGAUCUAUGUGCUCACACAGUUCAAUUCCGCCUCUCUCAACCGCCACCUCUCCCGGGCCUAUGCCAGCAACGUCAUGGGGGGUUACAAGAACGAGGGCUUUGUUGAGGUUCUCGCUGCCCAGCAGAGCCCCGAGAAUCCCAAUUGGUUCCAGGGUACUGCUGAUGCCGUAAGGCAGUACUUGUGGCUGUUUGAGGAGCACAACGUGUUGGAAUUCCUUAUUCUUGCCGGUGACCAUUUGUACCGGAUGGAUUAUGAGAGGUUUAUACAAGCACACAGGGAGACCGAUGCCGAUAUCACUGUGGCUGCACUGCCCAUGGAUGAAAAGCGUGCCACAGCAUUUGGUUUGAUGAAGAUUGAUGAAGAAGGCCGCAUUGUUGAGUUUGCUGAGAAACCCAAAGGAGACCAACUCAAAGCCAUGAGGGUUGAUACAACUAUUUUGGGUCUGGAUGAUGAGAGAGCAAAGGAGAUGCCUUACAUCGCUAGUAUGGGUAUUUAUGUUGUCAGCAAAAAUGUUAUGUUGGAUCUGCUUCGAGACAAGUUCCCUGGAGCCAAUGAUUUCGGGAGCGAAGUUAUUCCUGGUGCAACUUCCAUUGGGAUGAGAGUGCAAGCUUACUUGUAUGAUGGUUAUUGGGAAGAUAUUGGUACGAUUGAGGCUUUCUAUAAUGCAAAUUUGGGGAUCACCAAAAAACCAGUGCCAGAUUUUAGCUUCUAUGAUCGUUCAUCUCCCAUUUACACCCAACCACGGUAUUUGCCUCCAUCCAAAAUGCUUGAUGCUGAUGUAACGGACAGCGUCAUUGGUGAGGGUUGUGUAAUAAAGAACUGCAAAAUCCACCAUUCUGUGGUUGGGCUUCGGUCUUGUAUAUCAGAGGGUGCAGUCAUUGAAGACGCACUAUUGAUGGGAGCUGAUUACUAUGAGACGGAUGCUGACAGGAGGUUCCUGGCUGCAAAGGGUAGUGUUCCAAUAGGUAUUGGCAAGAACUCCCACAUCAAAAGAGCUAUAAUUGACAAGAAUGCUCGGAUUGGGGACAAUGUGAAGGUCUUUGGAGUUCAUGAUUAUUAAUGGCGACAAUGUGCAAGAAGCAGCAAGGGAAACGGAUGGGUAUUUCAUUAAGAGUGGGAUUGUCACGGUGAUCAAGGACGCCUUGAUUCCAAGUGGAACCGUGAUCUAGAAACACUUUUUUACCUGUUCCUGCCGACUAUGGAAGCUUCUCCCUAGAUAUUGGUUUGAGAAGCUGCUAUAGGAAAGUCUACUUCCUCUUGACGUUGCUGUUUUCUGAUUAUGAUGUAUAUUUGCCGGUAGUAUAUUGUAAUUUAAUAGAGGAAGAGACCUCAAGUUUACUCUGUUUUUGUCUACUCGAAUAAGAAGCUCGUCAAUACAAGCCUCCAUGUUCCCCUUUA